AUGUGCAUCCUGUUCAUCAGCACAUCUCAUCCUCGCUACUCUUUCAUCUGCGCCAGCAACAGGGACGAGUUUCUGCAUCGCAGCACGCAAGCAUUGGGGUGGCACAGAGGCGGUAAAGGUGGUGGUGCUGGAGGAGCGCAGCAUGCAUCAGCGAGUCUCGAAUCUGCUCGCAAGGCCGAUGACUUGCUCAUCACGCGUACUGACGAGAAUCAGGCGAGCGCAGGCGAAUCGCACAGCGCGGCGGGCCAGCAGGAUGAGGUGUUGUCGGGCUUGGACCUGAGCGCUGGCGGGACUUGGUUAGGCCUGACGCGAGGGGGAAGAAUAGCUGCUCUGACCAACUACACGGAGUCUGCUCCGCCAUCUCUACCUUCCCAUUGCGGACUUGACAAGCAUCUUAGCAGGGGCAACCUAACGAAAGCUUGGUUAGAUGCUUCUUGGUGCGAGGGCGCUUCUGCAGAGCAAGGAGGGGACAGAGAGGAUGAUGGUAAACGCUACCUCGAGCAACACGUCGUUCCGAACAGGGACCUGUAUGCCGGUUUCAACCUCAUCGUGGGUCAUUUGCGAUCCGAAAAGGCAGAAGACCAUGCGGCGGAGCUGUGGUACACUUCCAAUCGGAUCGAGGAGAAGCAUGCACUGCCUGUGCGUUUUGUUGCAGCUGGACAGAUGGCAGAGCAAGUGCGGACGCAGCAGGCACAAGCGCAGACAUCGGCAGGAUUGAGCAACUCGACGUUGCAGGAGCCGUGGGAGAAGGUGUCUGUGGGAAGAAGGAAAUUCGAGCAGGUCAUUGCGCACCACGCUGCCAACGGUGGCGCAGACGCAGAUCCGGCCGCCGAAGAUGCGCUCAUCGAAGAAUUGUUCAGUCUGCUCGGUACCUCCUUGCCAGACUCCGAACCUCUCACGCGAGAAAAUUUCAAGCGGUCGAUACACAUUCCGCCCGUUCGGUUGCCCGACAAGACGCAGAGCGCCCCGAUGGAUCCCAACAAGACUGCUUGGUACGCUACGCGCGUAGCAACGACCAUCCUCGUCGAGAGGCGAGAUGCAGCAGCGAGGGUUAGGGUCAUCGAGAGGGACGUUUGGACAUUGGACCAGCAGGCAAGACCUGCUCGAGCUGACAAAAAAGGCCAGAGAGAAGAGCGAUGGGUGCUUUGA